GGAGAAAUCAAUAAUCCUGAUCUUCUCUUUGACUUUCCACUCUGAUCUCCCAGAUCUAGGUAUAAGAUGAAAGGCUUUGGUGUCGCCUUUGGACUGUUCUCUGCUGUGGGCUUUCUCUUCUGGACUCCUUUGUCUGGGCUCAAGACUCUUCACUUGGGAAGCUGCGUGAUCACUGCAAACCUCCAGGGGAUACAGAGGGAGUUUGCUGAGAUUCGGGAUACUGUGCAAGCUGAAGAUGAAAACAUUGACAUCAGAAUCUUAAGAACAACUGAAUCUUUGAAAGACACAAAGCCUUUGGAUAGGUGCUGUUUCCUUCGCCAUCUUGUGAGAUUCUAUCUGGACAGGGUAUUCAAAAUCUACCAAACUCCUGACCAUCAUACGCUUCGGAAGAUCAGCAGCCUCGCCAAUUCUUUUCUUAUCAUCAAGAAGGACCUCUCGGUCUGUCAUUCCCACAUGGCAUGUCAUUGUGGGGAAGAAGCAAUGGAGAAAUACAACCAAAUUCUGAGUCACUUCACAGAGCUUGAGAAUCAGGCAGUGGCAGUAAAGGCUUUGGGGGAACUAGGCAUUCUUCUGAGAUGGAUGGAGGAGAUGAUAUAGAUGAAAGUGAUGAGGCUGCUGAGAAUACUCCUGUCCAAGAGUCCCAGACCUCAGUACCAUGAAGACAUCGCCAUGGAUGCUGCUGAGACCAGUUCUACCCAAAAGUCCCAGUCCUCAGUACCAUGAAGACAUGACCUCAAACCACCACCUCUUUGUGACAUAAUUUAGUCCUGGUCACAGUGUAUAUGUAUAUUAUUGAUAUAUUGUUGGGUCUCUUAUAUGGAUGCCUUCAUAUGUCCCCAUAUUACCUUACACUGUAAUUUUGUAAACUUUUCUGUAAUGUCUUUUCUAAUGGAAUCUAUAUUUAUUCACUAAUAUAUGUAUUUAUUUUCUAUUGAACUUCUAUCUAUUUUUGUACUUGAACAUAAGACUUAAAAAAGAUUAUAUUUAUAACCUGUCAAGAGCAAGCAAUGCAUUUUCACAUAAUAAACAAGUCUUUUACAUUCC